UCCACCCCUCCCCACUCUCCAGUGCCUCCAGCCAGCUGUCCAGCUCCCAAAUUCCGGCCAAGAGUCCCGGGAACAAAGCAAGAAAAAUCAGAGUAAUUUGGGAAGUAAACAGAAACUGGGAAGGGAGUGGGCAGAGAAAAGUGGGGAGGACCAGGUGGGGGCGGGGGGAGCCUCUUCAGUCCCACCCAGUUUAGGGAAUGCCCCUGCCUUCUCCCCCCACCCCCCUUCACCUGGCUCUUAAAGGGCCCGGCCCCUGACCGGCGGCUACUUAAGGCGGAGGGGCGGCGGCGGGCAGCAGCUGUGCUACGACUGCGCUGGGAGGAGUGGACGGGGCAAAAAUCCUGACCAUGACCCCCCACAGGCUGCUGCCGCUCCUGCUGCUGCUAACUCUGCUGCUCGCUGCCCGCUCAGGAGCCGCCUUGGCACGGUGCCCAGGCUGCGGGCAGGGGGUGCAGGCGGGUUGUCCAGGGGGCUGCGUGGAGGAGGAGGGGGGGCCGCCGGCGGAGGGCUGUAAGGAAGCUGGGGGCUGUCUCAGGAGGGAGGGGCAGCAGUGCGGGGUCUACACCCCUAACUGCGCCCCAGGACUGCAGUGCCAGCCGCCCGAGGAAGACGAGGCGCCUUUGCGGGCGCUGCUGCUGGGCCGGGGCCGCUGCCGCCGGGCGCGCGCGCCCUCGGGGGAGAAUCCUAAGGAGGGUAAAUCCCAGGCAGGGACCACUCGUCCACAGGAUGUGAACCGCAGAGACCAACAGAGGAAUCCGGGCACCUCGACCACUCCCGCCCGGCCCAGUCCGGGGGGUGCCCAAGACACCGAGAUGGGCCCGUGCCGCAGACAUCUGGACUCGGUGCUGCAGCAACUCCAGACCGAGGUGUACCGAGGGGCUCAGACCCUCUACGUGCCUAACUGUGACCAUCGGGGCUUCUACCGGAAGCGGCAGUGCCGCUCCUCCCAGGGCCAGCGCAGAGGUCCUUGCUGGUGUGUGGAUCGGAUGGGCCAGCCCCUGCCGGGGUCCCCAGAAGGCGAAGGAGGCUCCUCCUGUCCCACCGGGAGCAGCGGCUAAGGCUGGGCAGGGGGCGGGGAGGGGGAGGCUGCAGGACCAUUGGCAGGAGCAUGGAGCUAUCAUCUUGGGUCAUUUGUUGAGUGACGAGUAACUCGGGAGCCCUGAGCCCCACACUCCACCGUCAGGCCCUUUCCCAGUGUCCCCCUCACCCCUGGGACCCCACACAUGGAAAGAUGGUUGGUGUUGGCUUGGGAUGUUAAUAAAGCUGUGUUGGGGGUCUCUGGCCUACA